ACGAUCAACGGUACGUGUAACCCGUGAAAGUUCCAUUAGGUACCAAUCAAAUUUUCAAUAUUUCUCUGUAUAUUAGCACAUCUUUCGAGUUUGGCAGACACGAAUUGUAUGGACUGUAAGGAGUGAUUAAAGAAAUGCAGUACAGCUACACCUUGCCGGGAACCUGCAAUGCAGGUCACCUGGGGCCAAGCUUGGCAAGCAUGUGCAACGUCACUUCGUACUACCUUUUCCUGUCAAUUGUGGAAUCAUUGGUACGAAGGAAACAAAGUAUUGCUCAAACAUGCGAGCGGAUCAAGCCUAUCCAAACGCCAGAUGCCGAGUAUGAUUUUAUCGUAGUGGGAGGUGGUAGGAGCGGAUCUGUCAUAGCUGCAAGACUGAGUGAAAUUCUAGACUGGAACGUCUUACUUGUUGAGGCUGGCCCAGACGCACCAGCAUGCACAUCCAUCCCUGGGUUUAGUCACGUGAUACAAAGUCCAGCUAUCGCUUGGAAAUACCAAGCGGUAAACGAGAGCUACGCCUGUCUCAGUUCGAAUGGUAGUUGUCAGAUCUCUGCAGCCAAAGUUCUCGGUGGAAACAUGGUGCUCAAUACAAUGAAGUACCUACGUGGCAGUCCGCGUAUAUUCAAUUUAUGGGCUGCAAUGGGCAACAAGGGCUGGUCGUGGAAGAGAGUCCUGCCAUUUUUUAAAAAGUCCGAAAAUAACGGUGAGAUCGAUAGUGUUGGUCGAAAGUAUCACGGCACGGAUGGGCCGCUUUUUGUCGAAAGGUUUCCGUCAAAACCAUCUUUCGCAAAUGUAAUACUCGAUGCGGCCGAAGAGGCGGGCUUCGGGGUCAGCAAUGACCUCAACGGAAAGGAUAGAUUCGGCUUCGCUGUAAUCCAAACAACGAGCCACCACGGUGCGAGACGCAGUAGCGCCGCGGCGUAUCUGCGGCCAAUCAGACACCGCAAAAACCUCCACGUAACUCUGAAGUCCACAUGCACGAGGAUUAUAAUCGAGAAUAAACGAGCAAUUGGCAUCGAAUAUCACAAGAACGGCAAAUACUACAUGGUACGCGCAUCCAAGGAAGUCAUCAUCACCGCUGGUACCAUUCAUUCUCCUCAUCUUCUACUCCUUUCUGGAGUUGGGCCGGGAGAUGAUUUAAAGUACAUGGGAAUCGACGUGGUCAAUGAUUUACCUGGCGUCGGCUACAAUUUGCAUGAUCAUACCGAAUACCAGCUUGGGUUCACCAUAGACGAGCCUGACGUCUUUGACGACAACUGGGCUGCUCUCGCUGAGUAUGUCGGCUUCCAGACUGGAGCCUUGUCCAGCACUGGCCUUGCUCAGGUGGUGGGCGCCCUACCAUCCGGAAUUACUACACCCAACCUUCUGGAUAUUCAUGUAGUCGGCGACGGAUAUUACGCCACUUGCGCACCCGGUGAAAUCGGCGCCCUCCACAGCCAUGGUAAACGCAACAUCGUCCUUGCGUCAAGGUACAUGCACCCCAAAUGCAGAGGAAAAAUCAGUCUGGCUUCACCGGAUUCUUCUGUACCUCCUUCAGUCUGGGUCAACUAUUUUUGUGGGCCUGACGACGUUGCUGGGGUUGUGAGAGCCAUUGAGUAUGCUAUGGAAUUGGCCGAUACACCCGCCUUGCAAGCCUACAACAUGACCUUGGCCGUAAGACCUCUCGAGGCCUGCUCAGAACACGAUUUUGCUAGCAGAGAAUACUGGGAGUGCGCGGUUCAUUACGACGGAGUAGGACAAAAUCACUAUGCGGGUACCUGCAAAAUGGGUCCUGCAUCAGACCCACUCGCAGUUGUCGAUCCUCGACUGCGUGUUUACGGAAUAGACGGACUACGCGUGGCAGGCGCUGCCAUUAUGCCUCAGGCGCCUACCGCUGAUCCUGCAGCAACUUGCGUCAUGAUUGGAGAACGAGCUGCUCAUAUGAUCAAGGAAGAUUGGGAAUUUGAAACCUACGGUUCCGAAGAAGCUUGUUAACAGUGAAAACGGAUGUUA